UUUAUGCUAUCUCAAUAUAUCGUUUGAAUCAAACUGAAAUGUCCUCGUCACCUCUCACAAUGACAAUGGUCAGUGAAAUGAGCUAGACAUGUUAUGAAUUGUAGAUGUGAUUAUGUUCAGAUGCAUUAAUUGUCCAUAUAUUGCUUACCAUUACGGAGAAAUUGAGCAUCUGAUGAAGUUGCAUUUGAUCAAUGGCAUGAUUCAAAGUUAAAUAUAAAGCAGUUUGGUUCCUUUUUUAACCCUAAAAGAACAUUGUGUGUAUUAUUAUUUACUAUAAUGAUCACAAACUAUAAUAUACUAAGCAUUAAUGCUUCUGUAUUUAAAAAUAGAAAUGCAAUGCACUUUCAAAUGUAAACUGUGAUAUUCCAGAAGCUAAAGGCAUAAAUGCAUACGUGUCGAAAUAUUUUGAUGCUUUUCUUCACAGAUAAGAUUCCCUCUUGAUCUUAUCAAAUAAAGGUCUUCCAAUAGCAAUAACUAUCCAAACCGUUUUACAAGAAACAAAAAAGCACACAAUGGUUUCUUUCAAAAGCAGCUUCUUUCAGGCUUCAAUUCUACUGGUGAUGCUAUUCGUUGCACCUUCAUUAGCAAGGCUAAAUGUGAUGGUCAUGAAGGGUGUUAUUAAGGAUAUUUGUGGCAAGACACAGAAUACUUCUUUCUGCCUAGGGGUUCUUAAUCAAACUCCUGGUGCAAGUUCUGCAGAUCUUCCAGCCCCAACAAAGCACCAACUACUUGAGUCACAACGGCAGAUAUAUCUAUCAAGAAAAGAGAUGGGAAAAGAGAAAAAACAUGUGGCAGUGGACGAGUGGGACAGCUGGAACAGAUGGCAGCCACCUUCAAGCAUGAAUCACCAAGGGAAAUAAUGAAACAUGGCAUAGAAGUCGAGAGGAAGUUGGCAGGAGUGGAGGAAAAAGAGAAAAAAGCAGCUGAGCAGAAAAAGGGGGAUUAGGAAAGAAAAUUUAGAAAGGGAGUGGGGAGAGAGCAGGCCUCUUGGAAGCCGUGCAUGUGGUUGUGUUUGGUUGUAUUUUGUAUUUUGGUCACAUGGUAUCUCUGAACAUUCUGUAAUGGCAGUAAGAUGGAUAGAUACACUUUUGUAUUGAACUAUGAUUGUGAAUGACACAUUGAACAAAUGAAUGCAGAGUAUAUUCCCACUGAA